AAUUGCUUUCGGUUCAAGUUUUGUUAGAGCGUUUGUCGAUUUGAAUUUACACUUGAAUAUUUGAGGCUAUAGCAAAUGGGAAACAUAUCGAAAAAUAAGUCGCGUGCUCGUGGCGAUAUUAAAUCGGUUGCGGCUACGCCAUCAGCCAGCAGCGUGGGCAGCGAUGAUUCCAGCGUUAAUAGCGUGGGCAGCUAUAAAAAGCGCAGGGCUAGCAUUAAAAUAGAGCCGCUCAAUAAUGCAAAUAUCGGCGUAUAUAUGGCAUGGAGUAAGCUCAGCGAUAAGCAGCUGGUCACACAGACGACCACAACGCAUAUACAGGAUGAUGAUGAUGCCGCCGCCGCCGCCGCCGAUAGCUUCUUUGCGAAUUUCAAUAGCAAGCGCUGCAAGUUUCGCUGCUGGUCGCCCUAUCAGUCCAAGCUGGCGGCUGCUUUGCUCAAGGGCGUGGCUAAUGUGCAGCUGUCGACAGGCACCAAAGUCAUAUAUUUGGGCAACACAUUGGCCUGCCCGGUCUCGCACAUUGCCGACGUGGUGGGCGAGACCGGGCAGGUGUAUGCCAUUGAGACGAGUCCGUGGGCGAAUCGAGAGCUGCUCGCGCUUGCCAGCCGGCGUCCGAAUGUGGUGGCCAUCACCGAGGAGCCCACAAUGCCCUAUAAAUAUCGCCAGCUGGUGCUCGGCAGCGUUGACUUUAUUUUCUGCGACAUGUUGCAUUGCGAGCAGCUGCGCAUACUUAUAUUGCAUGCACGCCAUUUUCUAAAGACUGGCGGCCAUUUUGCCAUCGUAGUGCAAGGCAUGCCGCAGCAGCUUGACUGCUUCAAUGCCGUCAAUCGCCUAAAGUCAGAGCAGCUGCAAACGCUGGAGCAAAUCUCGUUGCAGCCUUAUGUCCACGGCCAGGUUAUGCUGGUGGGUGUCUAUAAACGUGUUGCUAAAUAAUUGCUUAUCAAUAGUUGGUUGUAUUUAGUGUAGCAUCAGCAACUAAAUGGCAAAUAAAGUUUUUUUCGUUCGCCACUUGCAAA